AGUUUCUCUACGCUCUAAAACCGCUGGACAGAGAGAAACAGCCGUCUUACUCCCUGCAGGUAGCAUGUCAGCAUUGUGUCAUAUAGUAGUGAUGUUCUACACAUAGAUACUGAAUAGUUGUUACACAUUCCCUCAUUCAAGAUGCAUCAAAUUCACAUAACGAAUACAUUUAGUUUUUUUUCCUAUUAUGGUUCAUCAUGUGAAGUUCAAAUGCUAAUGUUCAAUCGUGUGUGAAGAAUGAAUUACUCGUAGAUCAUUAGAUUCUCACCAGUGUGUGUUAUUUAAAGAUACCUACAGACUGUGUGUGUGUGUGUGUGUGUGUGUGUGUGUGUGUGUGUGUGUGUGUGUGUGUGCAUGUGUGUGCGCGCGCACGUGUGUGUGUGAUGCAGGUGUCCUUCAGAACGUCAGAGCACCGCCAGAGCUUCACUGUCGAAGUGUGUGUCAUCGACAAGAACGACAACGUGCCCACUUUCAUAGAGGAGAGCAUGAGAGGCAGCGUGCAGCUCGGGCUUCUCAAAGGAAUCCCAUUCAUGCAGGUGGAGGCACUGGAUCGGGAUGACCGCAUCACCGCCCACGCCGAGCUGCGGUUCAUCCUCAUGGAACAGACACCCAGGAUUCCCUCCAGCCAAAUGUUCUUCAUCAACUCCAUCACUGGAGAAGUUUCCCUCACCGCGGAAGGAUCCUCCACUCUUGACCCGGACAUGUGCGGCCGGUACAAGCUCUCAGUGAUGGUGAAGGACAUGGCGGGGAAGGCGAACGCUUUCUUCUCCAGCGGCAUCGUUACCGUCGAGGUGACGGGAAACACCUGGGCAUCGCCCGACCCUGUCCGACUCCAGGAGAACCUCCCAGGCCCCUACCCGAUCCCCAUCUCACAGGUCAAAUGGAGUGGGAGCCAGGCAGAGUACAGUCUGGAGGGGGAGUUUCCAGAGAUGCUCUUCACCAUCAGCAGAGGAGGAGUCAUUUAUCUCAACGCUCCUCUGGACAGAGAGACACAGGACCAGUUCCAGAUCAGCAUUGUGGUUGAGCGUCCAGAUGGCAGAGAAAUUGCCAAGCCUGUGGAAUUGAGGGUGAUGGUGGGCGACGCCAAUGAUAACAGACCCACCUUCCCACAGGCACAGUACCAUACUGUGGUAAAGGAACUGUCCACUCGAGGGACUGAAAUCCUGACAGUGCAGGCGGCCGAUAACGACGAUCCCAAGACGGACAACGUGCGGAUAUUCUACCGUUUAGUCGGUCAAAUUCCAGAGAGUCCUCGCGCCCUCUUCCGAGUGGACCGUGACUCAGGUGUCAUCUCUGUCCAAGCAGACAGUAUGGAGGGAACGGCGCCUCAAUACACUCUCACCAUCACUGCUGAGGAUGCUAAAGGUCUAAACAGUUCAUGCACCCUGGUCGUGACGGUACAGGAUGAGAACAACAACCCACCACUCUUCUCCCAACACGAGUAUGGGCCCUUUCACAUUCCAGAGGACGCUGCAGUGGGCACCACUGUAACAGCUGUGCUGGCUGGGGAUGCAGAUGUCCGAGGAGGAGACAGCUGGCAGGUGGACUACCAGUUAGAGUCUGGAAACGAAGAGGAGGUCUUUACAUUGAUGACAGACAAGCAGACCAAUGAGGUUUCCCUCAUCCUUUCAAAGGUCUUGGACUUUGAGCGUGAGAGUGAGUAUAUCCUCGUGAUCAGUGCUCAGAACCCAGUGGCUCUGGUCCGUGGUCGUUACGGCCCAGCAUCCACGGCAACAGUCUCCAUCUAUGUCGACGAUGUGAAUGAAGGCCCUAUCUUGUCUCAAAGCCAUUAUGAUGUGACUGUCAGAGAGGGCGAGGAACCAGGACGGGUUAUCGCCACCAUCAGAGGCUACGACCCUGAUUCUCACCCAAUCAGAUAUUCUCUUCAAGGGGACACCAAGAAAUAUUUCUCAAUAGGAAAGUAUUCUGGUGAACUAAAGACUGUGCAGGCCUUGGACAGAGAGGAGAACAGCACGUACACCAUGGAGGUCAUUGCAGUGGAUGGCCGAAACUCAUCCUUGUCUGCGUCCACCCUGGUGACGGUCCAAAUCCUGGAUGUGAACGACAACAGUCCAGUACUGGUGGGAGACUAUUCCUGGAAGUACCUGUGUACGCCUCGCUGGGAGGACCAAGCUCUGGUGCUGGCCUCACGGGACAGUGAUGGGCCACAGCAUGGAGGACGACUGAACUUCUCCCUGCGCAGCGAUGCCACAGUCCGUCGUAACUGGAAGCUUACACCUAUUAAUGAUACUCACACCAACCUGUCCUUAAACAUACAGUACCUGGCCCCUGAGGUCUACACUGUGCCCUUUACCAUCUCUGACAGCAGCUCUCCUCCCAGGAGCACCUUCAUAAACUUGCCAGUGACAGUGUGUCCCUGCAACGUACGAGGGAACUGCAAAAUCGCUGCCAAGCAGUUGCAGGGCAUGCCAACGAUUCAGUCUGCAGUGGGAAUUCUGCUCGGCACCUUUGGAGUCAUCGGGACUAUUCUCAUCGUUGUGUUUUUGAGACUCUCCUACCAGAACCCCAAACGGCCGAGCAAAACUAACCAGGAGCAAAUUCCCCUGAAGAUGUAAAUCUAACUGGGAUGAUAGAAUCACGAUCUCAGCCAACUGGACCCAUGUAACGAUGUCUGAAAAUGAAUGUAUAUUUCAGUUAUUGGAUCAAAGUUCAGUUGUACACUCAGCAAAAUUACGAGAUAUUGUUCAGAUUAUUGGAAUGCAUGUUUAGUGCUUAGGCCUGUGCCUGGGAAAUGAAGUUGACUUGUGUUUAAAGUUUGUCAUUUUUUUAUUGCUGUAGACCUGUUCAUUUGUUUCAAAUGCUACCUUUUCACUACAACAGAGUAGGAUGAUGUUUCAGAUUUAGAUUGUGAGAAUAAAAGCAUAAUAUUACUGGAAGAAAAGUUGCUGUAUUUGGCAAAUCAAGUAACAUUUUUUGUAAAAGAAAGUCCUAAUAUUUUUGAACCUGAUUGCUAAAUGUUUAUCAAGGUUGAAGCCCGAAAACAACAACAAUAAGACAUUAGAAGCAGAGGGAAGAAUCUCUGCAUACUUAAACAUGGCCACACACUUCUCGUUGGUCAUAAGUGAUGAGUCAGUACAUUGUUUUUCAAUUUUGUAACCUGAAUAUUUUAACUUUAUUCUCAAAAUCCCUAUUUCUCUAAUCUUGGCCCAAAUAUAAAUACAACAUUUAAACUCCAUGUUUCUGUUAUACUUAUAUGUGAAACACAACUGGUCAUUUAAAUAUGAUUGCAUCGCCUUGAUCCCUAAUUAGGAUGAAUUGUUUCAAAAAUAUUAUUGUAAAAGCAUAAAUCAGAAGAAAUAUACCUGUAAAUGGGUUUAAUCUAAUUUGCCACCAACAUUAACAAUGCAAACAUGUUGCAAGCCCGAUAACUGCAUAAUUAAAUUGAACUUCAUAUCUAUACUUCGCUUCUUUUAUCCUUGCAUCCAAGUAUACUGUAAGUGUCAAUAAACUGUGCUGCAGCAAUGGCUCCAUUCAUUCACUUCACAUUGUUUUCUACCAGCUUCCACAAUACAAACCAAACAAGUCUUUUAAUCUAAUGAGACAGCCUGAAAUGGUCCUGUGUUUGUAAUUGCAUGAGCAGAGCGCUCCAGUCUCUGUGAUUAAGGCUUUAUAAUUGCUGACCUAGACGACCUCACAGGCAGGCCAAGCUAUAUUCAGACCAAAGUGUUGCUAUAAAUACGACCCGGCCGUGUCCAAUGAACUAAUCACGACUCAUUCACAAUAGACAAAGCUUCACAAAUUGAAUAGAUGUUACAUAGUCAUCCAUUAGCUUGCAGUGACAAAAGUUUAGUUAAUUUUAAAUAAGUGCUCAUCCCUUUUGAUCGAUAUUUUUUGAUACAUCGGCUUUUUGGAGAAGAAAAGGUGCAGUCAAAUCAAAUCAUGACUGUGAGACCAAUAAAUCGGAGGCUAAACACUUUUUUUACAUUAUGUUUCCUUUUAUUUAAAUUAAUCCAACAUUUAUAGUUAAUAAUUCAAUAUUCUUUGUGAAAAGUAUAUAGAUGUAAUAUUUUAAUUCAUAGUUCCCAAGGAAGAAAAAAAAGAAGAAUAAAGACUAAGUAAGGUGUUUAUCUCCGGAGUCGCUGGAGACGAAGGAUGUGUACAUGUUGGACAGAAACAUUGAUCCAUUUCUGCUGGAUGUUUACUGUAUACAAACAAAUUAACUAGAUAAGAUGAUUAUGCAACAGCACUGUCAAUGUAGCUCUAAAGGCAAUAUGACAGCCCUUUAAUUAACCGACACUUGAACAUAAACUCAAAUCUUUCAAGGUCCUCGGAUUUUUGCUAUAGUUUGUUUUCUGUUUUUGUUGGAAAGUCCUCUCCUCUCGUGUCUUUUCUUGUUUGACUUCCUAUCUUUCUUUCUUACCUGCACAUUUUCCUCCACACCUGCAUUCGAUUCCUUGUGUAUUUAGUGAGUGUGUUUCCCUUGUCUCAGUGUCAGGUUGUCAGAGUCUGACCCAGUAAGCAACGUCCUUGUUUCAAGUUCUCCCAGUACUCUGCACUGCUAGUUUAUUCCCUGCUGCCAGUCUUUUGGAUUUCCCUGUUGUCCUACCUGUGACCCACUAGCCUACUUGUUACUUGACUGCCAUUGUCUAACCACCUGUGGACUUCCAGUUUGUAAACCACAUUCUUUAAUAAAUCACCAAAAUCCUC